AUGAUGUCUGAAGGCCGGUCCCGAGUCCAACAGAAUGAUCUUCUUUUACAUGAGGCUGUAAUCAAGAAUGAACCAGAAGCAGUCAGGGAGGCUCUACAAAGACCGACAGAUGUCAAUUGCAGGAACAAUUAUGGCCGAGCGCCAAUCCACUGGGCAGCGAGCAGAGGCAACACAGAAAUAAUCAAUUUACUUAUAGAAGCAAAAUGCGAUAUUGAAGCCGUAGACAAGUUUGGAAUGAGACCGCUGUUGAUGGCAGCGUGGCACGGACACCUCAACGCUGUACAAACUCUCGUCAAAGCAGGUGCUUGUCUUGCAGUUACUAACAAGAAAAACAAUGACAUCCUACAAUGCGCGUGUGCUCGUGGGUCCAAGGAAGUAGCGGCUUACGGGAUAUCCCUCGGCGCUAAGAUACAAGGGAGCGACACGGCGGGUGACGCACCUCUUGCGCUCGCAGCACGCGCUGGAUAUACUGCCGUUGUUGAACUAUUGUUGGGGAAUGGUGCCCACAUAGACGCCGCUAAUAAGGUGGGACGGACUGCCCUUCAUGUCGCUUGCGAAGGUGGUCACUGCAGCACUGCUACUCUCCUAGUAACAAAAGGUGCAUCGCGGGAAGCCCGUGACAAUUCAGGACGUACUCCACUUCACCAAGCGGCCGUACAUCGGCAUACGGAACUAGUAAGAGUUCUUCUUGAGACGGGGUGCAACGUAAAUGCCACAGAUAAUAAUGGAGUAACCGCAUUACAAAUGGCAUGUGCCCAAGGUUGUCGCGGUAUCGUAGAGCAUCUGCUCGCCUUUGGGGCCGACGUGCAUCUUCAAAAUAACGUGGGCUCGUCAGCACUACACGCGGCGUGCGCGGCGGAUGCCACAGAUAUAGUGGAGCUACUCUUAGCGCACGGAGCGGACCCAGCUCUGACCGAUCAAUGGUCUCAAUCACCCUUGAGCGUGGCAGGCGGCGCAGGGGAGUCCCCUCCGGAGGGAUUUAGACGAGCGGCCCGAGGCUCCUUCUCGGCCAUACUGGAUUUGUUGACGGCCACCACCAACCUCGAUCAUCAUCAACACUCAGACGGUUCAACGUCCCCUCGUAACGAGGAUAAGUCCGGCGGCCAUUCUCCUGCUGCUAAUGAAGGAGAGGGCAAAAGUGAGAGGUGAUGGUCAGCGACCACUCUUCUUGAUAGACUUGCGCAGCGAGGCUUCGCAGCAGACACACGCCUUGCUCUACCACCUACAGGCUGUGCAAGAUACCGCGAGCUAUGCUACCGCGCAUCGCAAGCGCAUGCGCCACCAGAUCGCGCGCCGCAGCCGUGCGUCUGCAUCAACUGCUCGCGACGGCGCUCUAUAGAUACCUGACCAGCAGACGAUGCAAAUGCUAAACGACCCAUACCCACCGCUGCCAUCGUGAGAAGAACUUACAAAUUUUAAUCACAAGCUUCAAAUAAUAAUAGGU